UCCUCCUCCUCCUCCUCCUCCUCCUCCUCCUCGGCUGGGGAAGGAGGCAGGGCUGGGUCCCCGAGCCGCCGCCGCUCCUCCUCCCGGCGGGCUGGCGGAUGAGUCAGCUGACGCCGGCGCUCCAGCCUCGCCUCGCGCGCCGCGCUCUCUGCGCUCCCCCACAGUGGCUGCAAGCCGGCGGCCUCCCGCUUUUCGGGGCGGGGGGCGGGGGGCAGAGAAAGUGAUGCGCGCGUGCUGAAGCCACGCGGAGCGGCGGCCGAAGCGGCUCCCCGGCUUCAACUUUCUCCCCCGCCCCCCACGCCUGCCCUGCCCUCCCCAGAGCCACCUAGGGUGCGUGCGCUUGGGUGACGGGGUCACCGGCGGUCCGGGAUGGCUUCCAAUUUUAAUGACAUAGUGAAGCAAGGGUACGUGAGGAUCCGGAGCAGACGCCUCGGGAUUUAUCAACGAUGCUGGUUAGUAUUCAAGAAAGCCUCAAGCAAAGGUCCGAAGAGACUGGAGAAAUUUUCCGAUGAACGUGCUGCGUAUUUUAGGUGUUAUCACAAGGUCACGGAACUCAACAGUGUGAAGAACGUAGUUCGAUUGCCGAGGAGCACCAAGAAACACGCCGUAGGGAUUUAUUUCAGUGAUGACACCUCCAAGACCUUUGCUUGUGAAUCAGAUCUUGAGGCUGAUGAAUGGUGCAAAGUACUCCAGAUGGAGUGUGUGGGGACACGGGUCAAUGACAUCAGCCUCGGAGAGCCUGACUUACUGGCUACAGGGGUUGAGAGAGAGCAGAGUGAGAGAUUCAAUGUGUAUUUGAUGCCAUCCCCUAACUUAGAUGUACAUGGCGAAUGUGCCUUGCAGAUUACAUAUGAGCAUAUCUGUCUUUGGGACGUCCAGAAUCCCAGAGUCAAACUCAUCUCUUGGCCGCUAAGCGCCCUGCGGCGGUACGGACGAGAUGCUGCUUGGUUCACUUUUGAGGCAGGGAGGAUGUGUGAGACUGGCGAAGGGCUGUUUAUCUUUCAGACGCGCGAUGGGGAGGCCAUCUACCAGAAGGUCCAUUCUGCUGCCUUGGCAAUUGCUGAGCAGCACGAGCGCUUGCUACAGAGUGUGAAAAAUUCCAUGGUAUGUUUGGGAUUUCUUCCUUGUUACCCAGUGUGUACCACUGUUGGAUGCCAUCUUGGAAUCUUUGUGCUGAAAAAUACAGCCAGCAUUAUUUGA